CUUCCAGGUGAUCCGGUACCGAAGUUACUCCUUACAAGGCUAUGACUGAUGGCUGGAUACGAAUACUCUCGAUAACGCUUUCACUCUACGAAGACGAUGCUGUGGGUCACAGGCGGUUCUAGAGCAUCGACGUCAACCCACCGUCAGCUGUGCAUAUCUCUCCAUCGCAGCCAGGAAUCGUGUGAGAAAAAGAUUCUUAAUAUCGAAAGUUGAGGGUUUCUCCUCGGACAACAUUUUUUCCUGCUUUGCAUGGCAUGCCACGCUGAUAACAGGGCUGGGGGCUUGUCCCUUCUCGCAGGAAGGAGGCUCCGAUGUCGCGGAUGUGCGAGGUGCAUGCUAGCCCAAAUGACUGAGGGAGUGUUGAGGAACAAGCACAUUACUAGUCUCCAGGAUCGCUAUCUCGGUGAAAUCGGCGGCAGCAAGCCUCACAGAGUCAAGUCGACUCAAUUCCGGUCCAGUCAGGUCGAGGAGAGGCUGGAUGCAUGUGAAUAUCUCUCACAUCAGCCUGGAGAAGAAGGCCGGCAGAUCUUUGAGGGGAAAUUCCGGGGAAAGAAAAGAAAAAAAAAAAGAAAGAGGAAAAAGGCUCCAAUGAUGAUAUGGCGGAGAUGUUGGAUGAACGACCAGAUAGAAUUUCUCCGACAGACCUUUUACUGGGACAGUGGAGAAUUCUGGCGACAGAAAGGGAAUUGGGCGUCAUGCGAGAUAAGCAGGUUAUCGAUCGACCAGCAUAGAGAGCAGGCAGUAGGCAGUAGGGUACCUACCCAAGGUACAGUAGGUAGGUACUGUCCCCUACACGGUGCAAGUGCAGUAAGAGAAGGAGGCACAGUUUGUACCCACCCACCGCCGUUCCAUCCGUAAUUCAACGACUCACGAACUUCCGACGAAAAGAUAGACAAGAGGACC